GAUUUCUCUGGUCGCUGUGCCAGAACGUGUGUGUGUAGCGAAGGAAUACAUGCAUUAGUUUGUAUUCACAAUCAUGAAUUCAGUCGUGUACGGAUGGAGAAAUUUACCAACAUGAUUUUAUUUAUUGUGACUUUAUUGACUUUCAUAUUUCAUGGAGAAACAUUUGCCCUUCCCUCCCACUGUUGCAGUAAAGCGACUGAUGAUGAAUGUAGAACUGCUUGUUCUCGGCUGAUUAAUGCCGAAAGUGAACACAAUGAGAAUGAGCUAGCCCAGUUAAAAAAUCUGGUCCUUGUCGGGGAGUCCUGUCUACCACAACAGACUGCCUUUUGGAGAUGCAUUAAUAUAACAGUGCCUGUGGUGCAGUCAAUGAUGGUAUGGUCGGCUCAGCCAUGCUGCGAGAAGGCUGUCAACAGGUACUGCCAGGAAGCCUGCUACCAGGCCACGAGUGUAAGAGAAUUAGUGAGGAACUGUAGCCAGAGCACGGAAACGAAGUUAUAUAAGUGUAUAGAAAAACAUGGCGAUGCGGAGCAUUGCUGCCGACCAGCCAAUAGCUACAACUGUCAUCUUAUAUGUAAGGGAACACAUAUGGUGUCUGGUUUAGGCAGACAGAAACAGCGACAAAUUAUCCGGCGACAGUGCCAUGGUGUCAACCAGGCCAUCAUGCAGUGUGUACAGAAUCGUCACCGCCCUGUUCGCGAAAGUGACCCACAGUUGAGUCUACCAUGUUGCUAUGAAGCGCCGGCAGAUUCGGAGUGCAGGAACACAUGUAUCAAGGGGAUACAGUUACGAUACCCAGAGAACGUGUUCAUGGAACAGCUGGUUAAAAGUUGUGGCGUUCCUAAAAUACACAGUGACCCGCUAUGGGCAUGUUUCUUGCUGAACACCAACAUUGAAGGCGAUGUAGAUAUGGAAAGAAACAUCAUAGAUGGCGCCAGGCUACAGUGCUGCUCUAAAGCUAACACCCUCGCCUGUCGAAAUCUUUGUUCAAGGACCUUCAGUACAGACUGGGCUAACACGUGGGAUGAUUUUAACACUAAGUGUCAGAGUCUUGCUGCUCCAGUACUCGACGUGAUUAUGGAAGGGCCCAUGCUUUCCUGUAUGGCCGAAGUGGAGGAGCCGUGCCAACUAGGAUGUGACGGCCUCAACUUCUGCUCCAAUUUUAACAACAGACCUACGGAGCUAUUUCGGAGUUGUAACACGCAGACGGACAUAGCAGCCCGGGAGAGCCUAACCAGCUGGCAGAACGGCACCAUUAGACUACCUCAGAUGUCCAUCCCAGUCAAAGAUAUACGGGAGUGUGAACCAGAAACGUGGAAGGCUCUGGUGUGUGCCCUGCAGAUCAAGCCGUGUAAUAGGAGAGCCACCCCACUACCUCUAUGCAGGGAGGACUGUUUCCAUAUACUGAACCAGUGUGUAGACCACAGUCGCAUGAAGCCCGGCCACACCCUUCAGCUCCUCUGUAACACACUCUCUCCAGGGGACUCCAAAAACGGAGACUGUAUCUCUGUCAAAAAAUACCUGUCUGAGAGUCCUCACAAGCACUACGGACACGUGAUCACAAGUCCAUGUAACCCAAAUCCUUGUGACGAUAACCAAGUGUGCUGGAUCAACCGCCGUAAAUGUCGGCACCCCGAAGUUUGUCUCCCCUAUGUCUGUCACAAUGCCUGCGGAAUGGGAGCUGUGACCAAUAUGUAUGUUCCGAAGAAUACCUAUGUUCGGAUCCCGGAUGCAGAGAAGGAUCGGCAUAGCAACGGACAAUGCAUGCACUAUCGUGUGUGUCAGUGCAGACACCAUAACAACCUUGACAACUGUAAACGUCUUCCUUGUGUCAACCGCGAUCCUUGCAGCUCCAGUAAAGGACCCAAAAAACAUGGUGAACACUUCCACGAUGACUGUAAUCGCUGCAUCUGUCAGUCUGGGAGGCGCCUCUGUACUCAGCAUCGCUGUCCUACAGAACCAGGCUCUGAAGGAUUGACCAGGCUGCCAUGUGACUGUUCCCCCAACUUUGUGGCACAAUGUGGAACGAAUGGGAAGACUUAUCCAAAUAGCUGUAUGGCUCAAAAGUGUGCAAAAAUACGAAGUCACGAACUAAUUGCGGGGACGUGUUCUAGCAUUGAUCCCUGUGCUGACAAUCCUUGUGGCGAUGAAUACAGGUGUAUGCCGAAGCGUAGCGUAUGGUUGAGUCGGGGAACUGUGGACAGCAGCUGUAACCAAUAUGAGUGUGUGGCAGUGAUGGGCAUCGACCAGUGUGAGCGCCAUGACCACGAACCUGUGUGUGACACGGACAACGAUGAAUACACAAACAUUUGUCUCCUACUUGCCAAGAAGAAACGGCUUGCCUAUAGAGGGCACUGUCAGAAAUACUGUUCUGACAAUGGUGUGGUUUGUGGGCACAAUGGAGAGUCGUAUAACAGUGAGUGUGCUGCGCUGGCUGACCGCACCACUGUCGACUACUGGGGACAGUGUAGGGCUGUCGGCAUGUACUCAGGUAACUUGACCCAGUCUAAUAACUGUGAGAAUGUGGCGUGUCGUGCUGUGGGGCCGAAACACUGUCAACCCAUCACUCCGCCCGGAGGCUGCUGUCCGGUCUGUGCUGCAGAGAUCCGGAUUCUAUACAGCCAGGAGCUGAUGAAUGUGGCGGCCUCUGCCAUGAAUAGUGCCGAGAUUACUGUGGCAGACAUCUUGUUAAUCCUGUCGCGCCAACUGUCCGUAAUUCAGUGUGACCUGUAUGGCUACCUCAGUGUGGAAAACAACCUUGUCAUUCUGGUUGCUCCAGUUUCGGCGCGUCCUAGUAUGCUGCUGGUUCAUGCAUGCUCAAAGGAGGCCGAGAGAUUAGGAUAUUUAAUACAAUCGGACAGUCCGUUGAUGAAGUCCUACCUGGCCCUGAGUCCGUUACUUCUGGCCUCAGUUCAUACCCCGGGGGUGGCCAGCCUUCAGUCGACAGCCACCUCUCUAUCUACACCUUCUCUGGUAGUAAACACCGGACUUCUUAUAUAUACACUAUAUACAUGGCUUCAUUAUGUAUAGCUCAUUUCUAAUCAGAAUCUCACAGACUUUUUCUAUUGGAUCAUCGACGUCUGUUGAUCUAGGAUGAUCACUAUGUGGUCGUUCUACAUCUGUUGAUCCAGGAUGGUCAGCGUGCAAUCGUUCAACGUCUGUUGAUCCAGGAUGGUCAGCGUGCAGUACUCGUUCAACGUCUGUUGAUCCAGGAUGGUCAGCGUGCAGUCGUUCAAUGUCUGUUGAUCUAGGAUGGUCAGCGUACAGUCGUUCAACGUCUGUUGAUCUACGAUGGUCAGCGUGCAGUCAUUCGACGUCUGUUGAUCCAGGAUGGUCAGCAUGCAGUCGUUCAAUGUCUGUUGAUCUAGGAUGGUCAGCGUGCAGUCGUUCAACGUCUGUUGAUCUAGGAUGUUCGUUCGGCGCCUGUUCAAACAGUGCAUUUGCUACUGUGGUGAUGCACGCAACAGCAAUAUGAUCGGUUACUGGUAAACCUCAUUCGACCCUGUCACACAAGGUCAAAGUGCAUUGUGGGAGCUGUCCAUGGCUUUUAGCCAUACAAAGGAAUCUGUGAUUUAUACUCAAAGUAUCAAAACAUCUGUUUC